CACUCUUAAAAUAGGACAUUCUUCUUUACUCCCAACUCCCAUCUUAAUAUCUUAUUCUCACCAAACCUCACUUCUCUUUUCGUCACCAAAGGUCAGCGGAUCCUCUCCAGUGUCUCCGGCACGACGCUGUUCUAGAAGUAUAAAUCUGAAGAAGUGUUGAUCUAUGGCUUCGUUCCGAGCAUUCUUGAACAGUCCGGUUGGUCCCAAAACAACUCACUUUUGGGGACCUAUUGCAAACUGGGGAUUCGUUAUUGCAGGAUUGGUGGACAUGAACAAACCUCCGGAAAUGAUUUCUGGCAACAUGACUUCAGCAAUGUGUGUCUAUUCAGCAUUGUUCAUGAGGUUUGCAUGGAUGGUACAGCCACGCAAUUAUCUACUUUUGGCAUGCCAUGCUUCAAACGAAACUGUGCAGCUCUAUCAGCUCUCACGUUGGGCAAGAGCUAAUGGAUACUUAUCGUCAGAGAAGAAGGAGGAAGCCUCAACUCAGUAAUUUGAUGCAAGCUUCCUUUCCAUUUAAUUUUUUUUUGUGAUUUUUGUUGUUAUUUGGGCAGAGUUACUGCUAAGGUUUCAUAUUUGACAAGAUCAAACAAUUGGUAUUUAAUUCUGCUGCUAGUUGAAGCCUAACUCCGCUGAUCGAUGAGAGCAUCAUGAUUACAGGCACUGCAAUCUGAAUGUUUUUAUCAGAGCUCAAAAGGUGUAACUUAAUUGAUGUGGAACUGAUGGCUUUAAGAAGAAAUUAAAUGGUAAAUGGGUUAAAUACCAUACUGUGCUUUAGAAAUAAAGAGACCAAGGUCUAAACAGUCAUUGUAGUGGCAUGGUCUUUGUUGUGUAUAUGAUAAUAAUAUUUCAAUGAUUAAAUGAAUUUUCUAUUCGCCCUC